UUUCUUAAGUGAGGAUAAGUCAGUUAUGGAUCAGAAUCUUCAAGUAUCGUCAAUUGUUAUGGAACUGGGAGGAAAUAAUUUAUUAGCAUAUUAUGCUGAAAGUAUAGGUGAGCAAAGCGAUGAUGAGCUGUUGACAAGUGAUGAACCAAACAAUGCUGAGCUGUUGACAAACAUUUUAAUAAGCGCGGCUGAAGCACUCGAUCAAUUCCACAAACGUAUUUUUUAAUUAUAUUAUUCGA